AUGAACGCCCGACUGCAGCCUGGCCUAAGCAUCUACGACGAUACAGCUACGAUAGCAACCGUGGAGCAUCCGCAAGGCUUGGAAGUUGUCUUCGAGGGGCGCGAUCCGAUCGUCGACGUCGUCGCACUGCAUGGCCUCAAUGGCCACCGGGAGAAGACAUGGACAGCGGAGAACGGCACUAACUGGCUACGACACCUCCUUCCCGAUAACCUCCCACGAGCCCGCAUCCUCUGCUGGGGCUAUGACGCGAACACGCAUGCCACUGAUCGAGUGAGCUGGCAACAUCUUUACGACCACGCAAGAACCCUGGUUUCCGACUUAUGCAGGAAGCGAAAAAUGACGGAUUCCACCAACCGACCGAUCAUCUUCGUCGCUCAUAGCCUCGGAGGGCUCGUCCUCAAAAGUGCGCUAAUCCACUCCGACGCUGCUCGGCAGGGCGCCUUAGCCGAACACCGAUCGAUCAAACUGUCAACAUAUGGAAUUCUGUUUAUGGGAACUCCUCAUCAAGGCGGCAACGGCGUGCAGCUGGGGCGAGUUCUGGCUAAUGUGGCAUCCCUUGUGAUAGCAGCUGACGAGCGGCUUCUGAAGCACCUCGAGCGGGAUUCGGAGUGGUUGCAGCAACAGCUAGGACAAUACGCCCCGAUCAGCAAUGAAUUUAUAACAAAGUUCGCCUAUGAGGAAUACGCGACACUAACCGUCUUAGGGCGCAGCAUCAUGGUUGUUCCAAGAGCAUCGGCCGUCGUACCAGGACACGCAGACGCCGAGCCGAUUGUCAUCCACGCAAAUCAUACCUCUAUGGUACGCUACCCGUCGAGACAGGAUACCGGGUACGUGACGGUGUCGGAACAUCUACAGAUCAUGGCUUUGAGCGCCACAGAUAGUGUGCAACAGCGUUGGGCGAGGGAAAGGAGGGCAGACGAUGCACGAGGCAAUGUUGACCGAUUCUCCCUCCCUCUUAGCCAGCCAGGUGCCGUUCAGACAACUCACUUUGUCGCUCGAGAAGAAGAGCUUGCAUGGAUACAUCAAAAGCUCGAGAGAGGAGCUGAGCGCUCCACUGUUGUGGUCCACGGCUUGGGCGGCAUGGGCAAGACGCAGCUCGCAAUCGCAUACAUGAAGCGACACCGAAACGACUAUUCCGCAUCGAUCUGGCUGAAUGCUAGAGAUAAAACGUCACUGAACCAGAGUUUCCGAAUUGCAGCUAUAAAAAUCAUCCGGGAGCACCCCGGCCUGACAUAUAUGCAAGCUGCGGUGUCAGACAAUGACGGCGACGCAUCGUUAGCUGUCAGGAGAUGGCUAGAUGAAUCAAGAAAUAACCGAUGGCUGUUAAUCUACGACAACUACGACCACCCCAAGAUGGAAGGCGAUACGGGGGUAGGGCCAGUUGGAAAAGCUGGCAGCCUAGAUGGCUGUAAUGAGACGGAUCAAUCAACGCUAGAGGGUUACGAUAUUCGCCAACACCUUCCAGAUACAGAUCAUGGAGCGAUCAUUGUGACGACGCGAUCAUCAACAGUCCAGAUUGGGGAGCUACUGCGAUUGCAGAAGUUGCGCAAGGUAGAGGACAGUCUCCGCAUUCUAGAGUCGACAUCAGGUCGGAGAGGAACUCGAGACGAUGCUUCCGCGAUGGCUCUUGCCUGCAAACUCGACGGUCUACCGCUCGCCCUGUCAACAGCUGGUGCAUAUCUCGCACAGGUCUCGACAUCAUGGCGACAAUACUUGCAAGACUAUGAGAGCACGUGGGGCCAGUUGCAGAAACUGAGCCCCCAACUCUUGACGUAUGAAAAUCGUGCUAUGUACUCCACGUGGAACAUAUCAUAUGCGAGCAUUCGCCGGCGGAACAAAUCAGCGGCAAUGCUGCUGCGACUAUGGGCUUUUUUUGGCAACGAAGACUUGUGGUACGAAUUAGUACGGCAAGGAGGAACAGACGGUGGACCGAAGUGGCUCCAAGAUCUUACGGAGACCCGGCUUGCGUUCGACCAUGGAGAGGAGGUCCCGGAGUACUGGUUGAUUCAGCGCCGACUUUUGCUUCAUGCUGAUCGAUGCUGGCAAUUGUUGAAUGAGAUUGCUAGCGAUGAAGUCAGUGUCAAGAUAUCAGCAACUCUUGGAAACCUCUAUGUGACGCAAAGGCGGCUCAAGGAGGCCGAGGCGAUGUAUGAGCGGGCGCUGCAAGGCAAAGAGAAGGCAUGGGGACCAGAGCAUACGUCGACGCUCGACACUGUCAACAAUCUCGGCGUCCUCUAUGCGGACCAAGGGCGGCUCCAGGAGGCCGAGGCGAUGUAUAAGCGGGCGCUACAAGGCUAUGAGAAGGCAUGGGGACCAGAGCACACGUCGACACUCGACACUGUUAACAAUCUCGGCAACCUUUUUCAAAACCAAGGGCGGCUCCAGGAGGCCGAGGCGAUGUAUGAGCGGGCGCUGCAAGGCAAAGAGAAGGCAUGUGGACCAGAGCACACGUCAACGCUUAACACUGUCAACAAUCUCGGCGUCCUCUAUAUGGACCGAGGGCGGCUCAAGGAGGCCGAGGCGAUGUAUGAGCGGGCGCUGCAAGGCAAAGAGAAGGCAUGGGGACCAGAGCACACGUCGACGCUGUCCACUGUCAACAAUCUCGGCAACCUCUAUAAGGACCAACGGCGGCUCCAGGAGGCCGAGGCGAUGUAUAAGCGGGCGCUGCAAGGCUAUGAGAAGGCAUGGGGACCAGAGCACACGUCGACGCUCGACACUGUCAACAAUCUCGGCGUCCUCUAUGCGGAUCAAGGGCGGCUCCAGGAGGCCGAGGCGAUGUAUGAGCGGGCGCUGCAAGGCAAAGAGGAGGCAUGGGGACCAGAGCACACGUCGACGCUCUCCACUGUCAACAAUCUCGGCAACCUCUAUGCGGACCGAGGUCGACUUAAGGAUGCCGAGGCGAUGUAUGAGCGGGCGCAGCAAGGCUAUGAGAAGGCAUGGGGACCAGAGCACACGUCGACGCUCGACACUGUCAACAAUCUCGGCAACCUCUAUGCGGACCAAGGGUGGCUCCAGGAGGCCGAGGCGAUGUAUGAGCGGGCGCUGCAAGGCUAUGAGAAGGCAUGGGGACCAGAGCACACGUCGACGCUCGACACUGUCAACAAUCUCGGCAACCUCUAUAAGGACCAAGGGCGGCUCCAGGAGGCCGAGGCGAUGUAUGAGCGGGCGCUGCAAGGCAAAGAGAAGGCAUGGGGACCAGAGCACACGUCGACGCUCGACACUGUUAACAAUCUCGGCAACCUCUAUAAGGACCAAGGGCGGCUCCAGGAGGCCGAGGCGAUGUAUGAGCGGGCGCUGCAAGGCAAAGAGAAGGCAUGGGGACCAGAGCACACGUCGACGCUCGACACUGUCAACAAUCUCGGCAACCUUUUUCAAAACCAAGGGCGGCUCCAGGAGGCCGAGGCGAUGUAUGAGCGGGCUCUGCAAGGCAAAGAGAAGGCAUGGGGACCAGGGUCAGCAUGA